CCGUUCCGGAACCGCCCAACGCGCGCUCCUCUCCUCCCGCCCCGGCCCUGGCGCGGAGGACUGUGGGAGCGGCUUCCUUGGAUACGCGCUUGGCAACGACCAGGCUCGGAGCUCAGCCUGCGCAGGGUCUUUGAUUCUCCAAAACUCCGCGUCGCCCGGACUCCACUCACGGUCGCUCUGCUCCCCUCAUCACGAGGUACAGAUGAUGCAGAAUGUACACCUGGCCCCAGAGACAGAUGAAGAUGACCUUUAUUCUGGUUACAAUGACUACAAUCCAACCUAUGAUACUGAGGAAUUGGAGAAUGACACAGCUUUUCAGCAAGCUGUGAGAACCAAUCAUGGCAGAAGACCUCCAAUAACUGCUAAAAUACCAAGCACAGCAGUUACUAGACCUGUAGCUACUGGAUAUGGGUCCAAGACAUCCCUGACAUCAUCAAUGGGAAGACCAGUGACAGGGGCUAUCCAGGAUGGAGUUACUAGACCUAUGACAGCAGUGAGAGCAGCUGGUUUUACCAAAGCAGCUUUGAGAGGUUCUGCAUUUGACCCCCUUGGUCAGUCAAGGGGCCCUGCUCCUCCUUUGGAAACCAAGAACGAAGAUAGUCCAGAAGAAAAGAUUAGACAGUUAGAGAAGAAAGUAAAUGAGUUGGUCGAAGAAAGUUGUAUUGCCAACAGUUGUGGAGACUUAAAACUGGCCUUAGAAAAGGCAAAAGACGCAGGAAGAAAAGAGAGAGUGUUGGUGAGACAACGUGAGCAGGUGACAACUCCAGAAAACAUCAAUCUGGAUUUAACUUACUCAGUUCUGUUCAACUUGGCCAGUCAGUAUUCAGCUAAUGAAAUGUAUGCUGAAGCACUAAACACAUAUCAAGUUAUAGUGAAAAAUAAGAUGUUUAUCAAUGCAGGAAGAUUGAAAGUGAAUAUGGGAAAUAUUUAUUUAAAGCAAAGAAAUUAUUCCAAAGCCAUUAAAUUCUACCGAAUGGCAUUAGAUCAAAUUCCAAGUGUCCAUAAAGAAAUGAGGAUUAAAAUUAUGCAGAACAUUGGAGUUACAUUUAUUAAAACUGGCCAGUACUCUGAUGCCAUUAAUUCGUUUGAGCACAUAAUGAGCAUGGCACCAAACCUGAAGGCUGGCUUCAACCUCAUUCUCAGUUACUUUGCUGUUGGAGAUCGAGAGAAAAUGAAGAAGGCUUUCCAAAAACUGAUUGCUGUUCCAUUAGAAAUUGAUGAAGAUGAUAAAUACAUUUCACCAAGUGAUGAUCCACAUACUAACUUAGUGAUUGAAGCUAUAAAAAAUGAUCAUCUAAGGCAAAUGGAACGUGAAAGAAAAGCCAUGGCUGAAAAAUACAUCAUGACAGCUGCAAAACUCAUUGCUCCUGUAAUUGAAACAUCUUUUGCUGUAGGAUAUGAUUGGUGUGUCGAAGUUGUGAAAGCUUCUCAAUAUGUAGAGCUAGCAAAUGACCUGGAAAUAAACAAAGCAAUUACAUAUUUGAGACAAAAGGACUUUAACCAAGCUAUAGAGACUUUGAAAAUGUUUGAAAAAAAGGACAGUAGAGUGAAAAGUGCAGCUGCAACCAACCUCUCAUUCCUGUAUUAUUUGGAAAAUGACUUUGCACAAGCCAGCAGCUAUGCAGAUUUAGCUGUAAACUCUGAUAGAUAUAAUCCAUCUGCUCUUACUAACAAAGGGAAUACAGUGUUUGCAAAUGGUGAUUAUGAGAAGGCAGCUGAAUUCUAUAAAGAGGCUCUGAGAAAUGAUUCUUCUUGUACUGAAGCACUUUAUAAUAUUGGCCUUACCUAUAAGAAGCUAAACCGGCUUGACGAGGCUUUGGACUGUUUCCUGAAGCUUCAUGCAAUUCUGAGAAACAGCGCUCAAGUUUUGUACCAAAUAGCCAAUGUAUACGAAUUAAUGGAAGAUCCCAAUCAAGCUAUUGAAUGGUUAAUGCAGCUGAUCAGUGUUGUUCCAACUGAUUCUAGAGCUCUGUCUAAACUAGGAGAAUUAUAUGAUAGUGAAGGAGAUAAGUCGCAAGCAUUUCAAUACUACUAUGAGUCAUACAGGUAUUUCCCUUCUAACAUUGAAGUCAUUGAGUGGCUUGGAGCCUAUUAUAUUGACACCCAAUUUUGUGAAAAAGCCAUUCAAUACUUUGAAAGAGCUGCUCUUAUACAGCCCACGCAAGUGAAAUGGCAGCUGAUGGUAGCUAGUUGUUUUAGAAGAAGUGGUAACUACCAAAAAGCAUUAGAUACUUAUAAAGAUAUUCACAGAAAAUUUCCAGAAAAUGUUGAAUGUCUGCGUUUCUUGGUUCGUCUCUGCACAGAUAUUGGAUUAAAAGAAGUUCAAGAAUAUGCAACAAAACUCAAGAGAUUGGAAAAAAUGAAAGAAAUAAAAGAACAGCGUAUAAAGUCUGGCAGAGAUGGCCCCGGAGGUUCCCGCGGCAAGAGAGAGGGUAGUGCUGGCAGUGAUAGCGGCCAGAACUGUAGUGCCAAUAGUAAAGGUGAACAGCUAAGUGCCAAACUCAGAGCUUUACCCGGGACAAACGAGCCUUAUGAAAGUAGCAGUCACAAAGAAAUAGAUGCCUCAUAUGUGGAUCCACUUGGCCCUCAAGUAGAAAGACCAAAGACUGCGGCCAAGAAAAGACUGGAGGAGGAUGAUUUUGCUGAUGAAGAGUUAGGAGAUGAUUUGCUUCCGGAAUAAUAUGUACAUUAUGUUAUUUAUUAAAGGAAAGAAAUUACCUUGCAAGAUAAUACCCAUGUUAAACCUUGGAUUAGAUAUACAAACUUUAAUUUUGUACACUUCCAAAGUUUUUAAUAAGUGUAUUGUGUUCUGUGAGUAUGGGUUUAAGUCUUGUUUUGUUUUUAAUGGAAAAAAACAUGUGAAAGUAAUCCAUUAAGCUAUGACUUCCUUACCCUUUUGAAAACAUUGACCUCCACCCCACCCCCCCGAGUAAGUAAUGAAUUUUGUUGGACAACCAGUUAUCACUCACACACACACACAGACACACACACGUGCAUAAAAAUUAUCUUUAAUACUGCAGUGUAUGCUAUUUUCUAUAAUUUCAUUUUUAAAGUGUUAUAAUGAAAACUGCAUUGAUUUCUUGGAUUGCAGCUUGAAAAAUACUAUGCUAGAACAUA